AUGGGGCCUUGGGCAGGCCCAGUCCUGCUUUUGCUGCUGCAGCUGCUGCCAGGGGCCCAUGGGGAUGUGCUGCCUUCGGGGUGUGGCCACUCCAGAGAUGCCCACAGGAUUGUGGGGGGCCAAGACACCCAGGAAGGACGUUGGCCGUGGCAGGUUAGCUUAUGGGUGACUGCUCAGGGGCACGUUUGUGGGGGUUCCCUCGUCCACCCUCGCUGGGUGCUCACGGCCGCCCACUGCUUCCUCAGGUCUUUGGAUCCCAAGCUCUACCACGUUAAGGUCGGAGGGCUGACACGGUCCCUUCUGGAGCCGCACUCGGUCUUGGUGGCCGUCAGGAAGCUCCUGGUCCACCCCUCGUACCACGGGACCAUUCACGGCGGAGACAUUGCCCUCCUGCAGCUGGAGUCCCCCGUGCAGCCUUCCCAGUUCAGCCCCGUCUGCCUCCCGGCACCCCACGCCCCCCUCGCCACUGGGACCCUAUGCUGGGUAACGGGCUGGGGGUCUACCCAAGGGAGAGCCCAGGCAAGCGUCCUGCAGGAGGUAGCCGUGCCCCUCUUGGACUCAAACAAGUGCGAGCUGAUGUACCAUCUAGGGGAGCCCAGCCUGGCUGGCCAGCGCCUUAUCCAAGACGACAUGCUCUGUGCCGGCUCUGUCGAGGGCAAGAAAGACUCUUGCCAGGGUGACUCCGGGGGGCCGCUGGUCUGCACCAUCAACCACACAUGGAUCCAGGUGGGAAUCGUGAGCUGGGGCUUUGGCUGUGCUCGGCCAUUCCGGCCCGGCGUCUACACCCACGUGCCAACCUACACAGACUGGAUUCAGAGGAUCCUGGCCAACUCUCACUUGAACGUGUCUCGCCCAGGUCCCUCUGGGUCCUACCCAGACACCUCCAGGUCCCACCAAGUGCUGCUGCUUUUGCUGCUGACCUUGCUCUGGCUCUAG